AUGAGGUUUGGGAAGAGAGGAAAGUUGAGCCCUCGUUUCAUCGGCCCUUAUGAGAUCUUGGAGAGGAUCGGACAGGUGGCGUACCGUUUGGCUUUGCCAGCAGAGUUGGACCGAGUGCACAACGUGUUCCAUGUUUCCCAGUUGAAGAAGUACGUGCACGACGCCUCACACGUGAUAGCACCAGAGACACUGGAGUUGGAUGAGACGUUGUCCUACGAAGAAAGGCCCGUGAGAAUCUUGGACUCCAAGACGCGAGAGACUCGACGCAAGGCGAUCAAGCUGGUAAAGGUGCUUUGGUCCAACCACGGAGUCGAGGAGGCCACUUGGGAGAUGGAGGACGAGAUGAGGCGACGCUACCCGGCUUUGUUUAAUCUAGGUUUGCCCUAA